UUUUGCUUUGGUUUUUUGUCUUCAUCUUGUCUGUUCAAUAAUUUUAAUUUAUUUUUUUUUUGUUUGAUCUCAUCAAAUGUUUAAGUUAAUUGAUUUAACUAGUGUUGGCUUAUUAUUAUGGAACAGUUUGACAUUAAUAUUCUUAAAUUUCAGAAUAAGAAGCUCGGUGAACGAUUGGAGGUUAAAGCAAAGGUUGAAUCUGAUUUAAGACAAAGGAUUGAACAAUUGGAAAAGAAACAAACAUCAGCAGAAGCCAUUGUUUACGUUAUUAACCGAUAUUGGAAUCAAUUAAAUGAAGAUUUAAGGAUCUUAUUACAAAGGUUUGAUGCGGAAACUUCUGAUCAACAAGAGAAUGAUAAUGAAAAUGAGGCAACCACCUCAUUUAUUUCACAAUUAUCCACUUGGGAUAAGGAUGAAUUGGAGGAGAAUCUGCGACAACGGGUUGAAGUGUCAAAGAGAGCAGUGAGCAAGGUAAUUGCCACAUUCGAUAGGAUUGUACAAAGAAAUGAGAAAAUAACCUUUGCCCUAAAAGGUACAACGCUUGGUGACGGUGAUACUGAUAAUGGUGAGAGUAAUCCUAGUCUUGAUGAGGCUGUUAAAAAGGCUAACCAAGAAUUACAAAAUGAGAAUAAAAAUCUCAAUUCUUUGGUUACUUCUUUACAUGAGAAACAUCAUAAGAUGAGCCUCAAGUUCAGUGAGAUGAAGGAUAGCUUGGAAUCAAUGGAGACAAGAAAUGAUGAGCUUAAAGCUCGUAUUGAUGAUCUUGAAUUUGAUCUUAAUCGGACACGAUCUAAAGAGAUUAGGUUACAAGACAAUCUUCAAGAUGCCCGUGAAAAAUUACAAACAAUUCAAAUGUCGGGUGGUGAUUAUGAUUUUGGUACCAAUGGUAAAAGUGCCAAAAACCGUAGUGAUAAUGUUAAUCAUGCCAAGUUUGAAGAUCUUCAAAAGGAACUUGAAGAAUACAAAGAACUGUCCAAUAAACGAUUAAACGAACUUGAAACGCUAAAUUCAGCUCACAAAGAAGCUCUAACCCUCAUCGAGAAAUUAAAAAUGGAUCUUCAAACAUUACCUGAAGCCGUUGUUGUUGAGACUGUCGAAUACAAAUGUCUUCAAUCACAUUUCUCUGUUCUUUAUAAUGAAUCAAUGCAUCUAAAAACACAAUUAGAAGAGGCGAGAAGUAUGAUGGUUAAUUCAAAGACUGCUCAUCUUAGGCAAAUUGAACACAUGGAAUCGGAGGAAUUGGAAAUGCAGAAAAGACUCAGGACCGAGGUAAUUCAAUUAGAAGAUCAAUUGGAGCAGGUUAAAAAAGAGUAUGAAAUGUUACGGAUUGAAUUUGAACAAGCAAUCGCUGCCAAUGAACAAACAGGUCCUAUUAACAAAGAGAUGAGACAUUUGAUUACAAGCCUUCAAAAUCAUAAUGUCCAAUUAAAAGGUGAAGCAGCCAGAUAUAAGCGUCGUCUUAAAGAUUUACAACAUGAUUACAAUAAGAUAAAACAUAUUUGUGAGACUCAACAUCAAAAUUUGAUAACAUCCAACGCCAACAGUAAUUCUGUUAAUAACAAUAGUAACACAAAUAAUAAUGUUCCCAACAACAGCUCCAUUAAUAGUCAGCCUGUUGUACAUGCAAAUAUCAAAUCAAACAUAAAGAUUGAACCAGGAGUUGAAAAUAUUGAUGAUCCACCUACAAAAAGACAAAGAACUGACUCUGGAACUGAUGUUAAUCUUAUUAAAGAUGGCGGCAACAAAGAAAUUGAUGAAAAGAAACCUGGUGAUUUAAGUGUAAUCAAUGAUAAUUCGCGGGUAAUUAUCAAAAAAGAACGUGAAGAUUCAAGUCAGACUAACAUUCAUACCACCUCCUCCACAACGACAGCGACAACUACAUCAUCUGGUAACAUUCCCUAUCCAAGUCAUUCUCAUCCAUCAAGCCAUACUCACCGGUCUAAUCAUCAUCUUAAAAAGGAAGAAGAUUCUGGAGAAACAAGUGAAAGACCAAAUGCUGUUCGUUUCUCUGGUGUUAGUCACGAUGAAAAUAAAGGUACUAGCGGUGGUGGAACCAGUGGAACUAUUAGUAUUAGUAGUAAUAGUCUUUCUAGUGGCAGUAGGAAACUCGAACCUGAAUUAGUAAUCAAAGACUUACAGAAACAAUUGAGAGCAAUGAGUCAACAGAACAAGGAAAUGAGAAUGGUUAUUGAUUCGUACAAAACAAGCCAACGAGAUCAGAGGGAUAAAGUUGCCCUGAUGACAGCGGAAAAGAAAAGUCGAAUGGAGGUAGAAGAUUUAAAGAAACAAUUAGCUAAACAUCAAGAAUCUGAUCGGCGUGAUAGACGUAAAUACGCUGAUGAAGAAACUCAAAGAGAAAUCGCCAAGUACAAGGAAAACAUUCAACAAUUACAGAAACUUUUAGCUUCUCAAAAGCAAGAAGAUGAAGCUCUCCUAAAUGAAAUGGAAGUGACCGGUAAUGCGUUUGAAGAUAUGCAAGAGCAAAAUUUACGUUUAAUGCAACAAUUAAGAGAAAGAGAUGAAGCCAAUUUCAAAUUAAUGUCCGAACGGAUUAAAUCUCAAGGUAUUUUAAACCUGCUAAAAGAGGAGAAAGAAAAUCUUAAUCUUCAAGUGAUUAAUUUGAAAGCUCAAGUUGAAGCACAAAAUCAAGUGGUUAGAAAAUUGGAAGAAAAAGAAAGACUAUUACAAAAUAAUUUAUCGACCGUGGAAAAGGAGUUAAGUUUAACCCAACAGGCGAUGGAACAAAAUCGCCGGAAAGCCAUCGAAUCGGCACAAUCAGCGGCAGAUCUUAAAUUACAUUUGGACAAAUAUUUAAGUCAAUUAAAAGAAGCACAAGCAACGGUUGCCGAUAAAACAUCUACCCUACAACAAGAAGCAUUUAAAAACCAACGACUUCAAGAAGAAGUAAUGACCUGGCGAAGAUUAUACGAAAGAGCGAAAAAGUUCGAAUUAGCAACAACCGCAGAUGAAGUUCUUCAAGAGGAAAUAAAAGAAUAUAAAUCACAGUUGACCUGUCCAUCUUGUAAGACCAAUCGUAAAGAUGCCGUGUUAACAAAGUGUUUCCAUGUAUUUUGUUACGAAUGUCUAAAAACCAGGUACGAAACUAGACAAAGGAAAUGUCCUAAAUGUAAUGCGCUUUUCGGUGCAAAUGAUUUCCAUAGAUUGUAUCUUGGUUAGUAUUUAUUGUCCAUAAUGUCAAAUCUACUUUUCUCUAUCUAUCUCUCUCUCUCUCUUCAUCUCUUUUUUCUCUCCUUUUUUCGCAUUCUCUUUUUUUCCACUUCACUCCUUGUUCUUUAUUUCAAAUCUCUCUCUCUCUCUCAAUAUCUAUCCAAUUUCUCUCUCACACACAACUUUAUCUUCUUUUCUUUCAAAAAAAUAUUUCUCUCUCCUUGUAAGCCUUUUUAAAAAGUAUAAACAAAAAUAACUACAAAAUAAAAUUCUCAUUUGAUAAAAUUU